AUGCUUCAUCCUCAGGUGUGGGUCCUCCUGGUGGUUUCGAGUUUAUCUGGACUGUUGGUGCCGGGCGGCGGGGAGCAGAUGACAGAAAUACUUCGAGAGGACUUCAUCAAAGACCAGGCUCCGACUCGUUUGCUCUUCCUGAGGUUCGUCUCUGAGCUGAUGGCGUCGAGAGGGGAGACGCUCCGCGAGCUGGAGGAAGAGGAGUUAGGAGGAGGCAGGGAGAGGCUGAGGAGACGACACCUUCGCUUCAGACAGAGAAAAGCAGGCUGCCGCAACUUCUUCUGGAAAUCUUUUACCGCCUGUUAA